UGGCGGACAUGAAAGUACGCGCGUCGCGUGAGCUCCGUCUCUAGGUGAACUUUCGAGCGGUUACAUAUGUUGUAGAGUGAUCUAUACUUCCUAAUCAGACCCUGUUCCUAUAGCUUGUUUUAUACGUCAUAUUUUUGAACCAUCAUUUGCGAUAUAUCAACAUGGGACGGGAGAAAACUGACGCAGAGCCUGGAUCACCGGAGCCGAAGACAAAGAAGUACAGGACCAGAUCAGGCAACGCCAAGACGAAGCCGUGGAACACACCGGCGAAGAAUAUUCAAGAGUUCGAGGAAAUCAUUGAGGACCACACGGAUGCCGAGAAGACCAAGGUAUGCAGUCUCAAAGUCCGUACACAUUCAGAUCGUAUACCUAUGUGGAUAGAUGCCAACAAAGCUUACUUUAAUGGAUCGCUUGAAAGCAAUACUGGAUACAAGUGUACUUGGAAAAACAAGGACAUGCAACUAGCAGUCACGGACCCUUCCAAACCGGGUGAUAACGGGAAAGUCCUAACCAUCCAUUUCUACCACACUGGCACUAUCCUCCUGCAUGGGAAAGGCUCGAAGUGGUACGCGGAGAGUAUUUUCCCGAAAGUUAAAGAAGCUGUUAACAAACUGGUCCGCGAGUCUCUUAGACAAGAUGGCGGACCUGACAAUGACCAAGCCGUACCUGGAGCUACCGGAACAAUAGACGACAACUGUGAAACAAUAGACACCAGUUCUAACAGCGUGACGGCCGCCAUGACAGUCACCGACGACAAUGACAGCCAGGAACAUGAUGCCGAUCCAACUCAGACUACAACUCCGGAGCCUGUAGUAGAAGACUUGACAGUAGAGAAGGAAAACAAGUCAGAAUACACAACACCAAAGUCUGUGUCCUCCCCUACUAUCCGCAAGGUACUUGGUGGUCUUGAGAACAUUAUUCUGAGUCCAUUUUCAAAAGGAAAAAGUAGGGAGGAGAGACAACGAGCUGACCGGUCGCGGCGCGCCUUGAUCAACGAGAACUCCCCUAAAGAGCAGCCGCCAAACACAGAGGGUAACGCCGAGCAGAUAUACACAGCGCUGGUGGACGACCUAAACGAGUUGAAGACGCUAGUUUUCAGAAAUAAGGAGACGAUAGACAAACAAGGGGAAACCAUCAACAACCUACAAUGCAACCUCCAGAACAGAAAGAAAGAGAUUGCUAAACAAGCACAACACAUUGAAGACUUGAAGACUGAACUACAGCGUCAACGCGACAUCACAAAUGGCCUGACAGAAACUCUCGCUUCCCAGAGAGCUGACCAUGAAGCUUUACAGGCUCAAGUCGUCUUACUGACUAACCAAGCUCAAACUGUUGCUACCUCGACAAAACCUAAAUGCAGUGACUCUCAAGGGGACAAAUCGAGACUUGAUCGUCUCUACUCUGAGAUUGUUACAAACUCCGUCACCAAGUCGCCGGCAGGCCCUGCCACCCAGGUACCGACAGGUCCCGCUACCCAGGCACCGACAGGUCCCGCUACGAAGUCACCGGUAGGACCCGCCACCCAGGCUCCGGCAGGCCCCGCCGGGGACAUAGCGGCGUCAACCCGAACGGAGAACACAAGAGCGACGACACAAGUCAGAGUCUUUGCAGACUCUCUAUGGAACGAUGUCGAUCCGACCAAACUCUACAAGCACAAAAACACAAACAUUGUAAAAUCAACAACACUACCGAGGGCCAUAGAAAGAAUCAACACUUCCCCAGACACCACCACCGAGUUAGUCAUCAUCCAUGUUGGAUCGAAUGACAUGGACAACACAAAAUCCCGCCCAGAUAGCGUGGACAUAUGCGUGGAGCAGACGCGUGAACUGAUCGACGCUGCAAAAUCUUCUUAUCCAAAUGCGAAAAUCGCGAUAUCCCAGGUCCUACCGAGAGGGAUGAACAUGGAGUCUGGGCUGAACAGAAACAUCGCGUCGUACAACACCACCAUCGAGGUCGUGCCAGGAAGACAAUAAGUGACAUACAUCCGCCACAGGCUCCUCUCGGAGGACAGGACACUGUACAAACCUGACGGCAUACACAUCAGGCCUGACACCGGGGUUCGUCUGAUGGUGGCUGACGUGAAGCGGACACUGCGUCACCAGGAUGAAGCCACAGCACGCAGACAGCGCUGGAACACUGAUGGACAGGACACAAAACCGGUGAGGAGAACGCCGAUGCGAGGCAGCGAGCUGUACAGCCAACUCGACCAGUGCCCUCCGUUCCCGUGGAACAACCCAUCACCCCGACCGCCUCCCGCACCCCGGCCGCCUCCUCAGUGGACCAGCUUGAACAGACAGACAGGGCCGAUGCGGGCCGAGACGCAAGACAAACGCCACGUGGUAGAAAAACUAGUCAACAUGCUGACAGACUUUCUGAAACACUGAAUUUGAAUUCGUAAAGCGAUCAACAUGUGAUCAACAUGUACCCCAGAGGCUACUCAGGUGACAAACUUCCAUUUUUCUAACACUAUAGUACUUACUAACGAUAAUAGCUGUUGGUGCUAAUAAUAUGUUUUUCAUGUUACAAUUGUGGUUCCUAAAACUAUUACAGUAAUUUUGUAUUUAUUCACUCUACAUACAGAUGUAACUAUGCUCGUAUCGUUAUUAUACCUUUAAGAGUCGCUCCUUUGGCACUUGAUUCUAAAAUGUCGAUUCAAAAAGUGGCCCUCAGGUUCUGUUCAUGGAACAUUCAGGGCGGCCUUAGGCGCAAGAGUCAAGAUGAAGAUUUUGUUAGUUAUUUAGAAGAAUUUGAUUUAGUAUGCUUGCAGGAAACAUGGCUUAAGCCAGGAGAAAACUUUAGAUCAGAAUCAUUU